UUUUGCAUAUUCACAAUUGUCCCAGAGGAAGAAACAGUUUUGAGAAGAUGGAUGGAUUGAUGAAAACGGCGCUGUGGUUGGUGUCGCUGGCGAAUAUCUUGAAGGCGGCACAAGGUGAAAACAUUCACUUCGUCGGAGGUGGGAAGUAUAACUGGGCACCAAACGUCAACUUCACGGAGUGGUCCAGCGAUGAACAUUUCUACGUCAAAGACUGGCUCUAUUUUGGAUUCGACAAGAACAUGUAUAACGUUCUGGAGGUGAAUGAGACCAGCUACGAGAAAUGCAUAGACACUGAUUUCAUAACAAAUAUAACCAAAGGCGGCCGGGAUGUUUUUCAGCUCAGUGAAGUGAGGCAAUAUUUCUUCAUCAGCGGCAGAGGCUUCUGCUUUAAUGGAUUGAAAGUUGCCGUCAAUGUGGAAGACGUCCCACCAAAGCCAUCACCUUCUUCGCCCAAAAAUGCUUCUUCAUCAAUCUCAUGUUGCCGAGUUUGUCUUCUACUCACUGCGUUCUGGACCUUCGUCUCUCCAUUUAUAUUAUUGUUGGGUUGAAAUCAAUUAUGUCUAUACUGAUAUUGAAAAACGAGAUUUGUUAAUUUGAGAAAAACAGAUGUUUUAGCUUGAUUUGGAACAUUGUUUGAUAUAUUUGCCUUCAAUUAAGAUUAGAGUUUACU